AUGAUUGCAACGACCUUCCUCAGCAAUGUCUCACUGGAUGGUUCACAUCAUGAUACCAAGUUACAUUUCAUUGCUUCCAAACGAGGUAUUGGCCUCUUCAAACCUGGUUUUGAAGAUAAACAUGCACCAGCUCAUCACUAUUCCAUUGAUGGACACAAAACCCAUUAUGAGAGGCUUUCUGCCAAUGAAAGCAUGGCAGGAAUUGAUGAACUUGCUCCAUAUGAUGGUGCUGAAGCAUUGGAUAGAACAAGUAAGAAAGGAGGCAUUUGUUCUGUUGCCCAGGGGGGCAUUGCCAGUCAUCCCAAGAACAUAGAUGAAAACCACCAUGCACCUGAACCCUCUAGUCACCUCACUCUGAUUGAAAAUAAUCAUUCUGAUCAAAGACCUCAAGAGCAGAUGGAUAGUACUAAUAGCAAAUUUCUUGACAUCCCUUCGGUUUCCAUGGGUUCACCAAAGAUGCCCUCAAGUUCUGAGACUGAUCAAGGCACCAAUGAAGCACCAGUAUAUACCAGAAAAAGGCAAUUUCUUUUGCUUGGCUUCUACCUCUAUGAGUCUAAGAGAAGAGGGGAGACAUCCUGGCUAGCUGGUGGACUAUCAAUACUGAAGCGCCAUGGAACUGAGGAGAAAAAUCCAAAUUGGUCCAGUUCUGAAUCUCUUCAUUCAAACAAAGGUGGCAGAUUUGGCAGACACUCCAGCAUCUUAUCUGAAUCCAGUGCUGGGAAGGAUCGCCGUUCCAUUCGUUUCUUUCAAGCAAAAGACUGCCGAAAUAAGGAUGGUGGGAUAGGUGAGAGUCGCUUCAUCAUACUCACUUCCACCAUGGUUCCAUUCUACAUCUCUUCUACUCUUUCUCUGCAUCAAAAAUCAAGCAAAGGAGGCUCUUGUAGCAGUGGAGAAGGGAGGGAAAAAAAGCGAGGAUACUCUGGCCUUCCUCCCAUUUCUGAUUCAGAGUCUGUCAGCCUAUGGAUGCUUCUACUCUCUGAUGAUGAUGUGGACCUCUCCUUCAGAAAAUUCCUGGCUCCAUCUCAACACAUGCGUGAAUUGAGACGAGAGAAGCCAAGUGGUGAUGGGGAGCAAGGUAGCGGGCGACAGGAAAGCUUGAUACACCCUCCAGUUGUUGAUUUGCCUGCCAGUCUCAGUCCUGCUUCUUCAUCUGCUGACAUAUGUGCUGCUGUUGAUCUUGUGGAAGAAUGGAGUCGAAUGGAUAUUGUAUAUACCCCCAAUGUCCUUGAUGACCCUGAAUUGAUUGCAGGACGGCACCGUACACUCCUGACAUUUGCUUCCUAUAGGACUUCCAUCAUGGAGUAUGCUAGACCAUCUGAUAUCAAAUGGGAGCUCAAUGAAAAGUUCAGGGAGCGAUUUCCAUAUGUUAGCAUCACUUUGAGCAAGUUGAGGAGCCUGAAAAGAGAGAUGCGUCGCAUUGCUUACAACAGCUGUCACUUGGAAAUGAUAGCAGUGGCCCAAGCAUAUGUGUACUUCGAAAAGCUGAUUCUCAAGCGAGUCAUCUCAAAGCAGAAUCGGAAACUGUGUGCUGGUGCUUGCCUUCUCCUCUCUGCUAAGCUCAACGAUGUCAAAGGCCCAGAUUUGCAUCAUCUUAUUGAGACGGUAGAAAGUAACUUCAGGAUACAGAGGAAUGAUCUCAUGAGGACAGAAUUUGCUGCAUUGGUGGCCCUUGAGUUUGGUCUUCUCCUGCCUCCAAGUGAACUGCUUCCUCAUUACCAAAGGCUUCUAUACGAGUGCUAGCAUUCACAACAAAACCCCCCUUCACCUAGCCUAUAUCUACCUCAUUGCAAAAAUAGAUGUAUUUCCAUCAAAGUUCAUUGAGAUUAUUCAAAUAGUUAAUUUGUGCUAUUUGUUCACUGUUCUGUG